AUGUUUCAGGCCCUCGCUCUGGUAGCUUCUUUGCUGCCUUUGUCCCUGCUCUCUGCGAGUGCAUGUGUGACUCCCCCAGCAACGCCAGCAGCAAACAGCCUCUUCACCGACAAUACUGUUUUCAUCCCCGAUGGAAACUAUACGAGCUGGAAAACGAUAUACGGGCGCUCCCUGCAGCUCCCGGAUGAUUCCCUCCUAAUGACAUGGGAAGACUACCCUCCCGAGCCGCCCCUAGUUUACUUUCCCAUCUACCGAUCCACUGAUGGCGGCGCGACCUGGUCCGAAUACUCCCGCGUACACGACACAGAGAAUGGAUGGGGCAUGCGCUAUCAACCUUUCCUCUACCAGCUUGAAGGCUCCUGGGGCUCGUACGCGGCCGGAACCAUCCUCGCAGCAGGGGUGUCAACCCCGUCCAACCUCAGCACGGCAUAUAUCGACCUGUACGCAAGUACCGACUCGGCCCAGACAUGGCAGUUCGUCAGCCAUAUCGCAUACGGCUCGGGACCCGAAACCGUCACCAAUGGCAACGAGGCCAUCUGGGAGCCCUUCUUCGUUGAAUACGAGGAUAAUUUCAUAUGUUUUUUCUCCGACCAGCGGGAUCCGGAUCAUGCACAAAAGCUCGUCGCUGUGACCACGUCUAAUCUCUUGACCUGGUCCACUACCUCCAACGUUGUGGCUUACCCCGAGUAUACCGAUCGACCUGGCAUGGCCGUCGUGGCCCACAUCGAGUCAACCGACCAGUAUAUCCUGACUUAUGAGUAUUGUGGCUCGGGUAAUUGCCAAGCAUACUACAAGGUUUCCUCGUCACCGUUGACGUUUGACGCGGUGGAUGGACUUCCCAUUGCGUCAAAUGACAGUUCUCAGACACAGCCAGUGGGAUCUCCAUAUGUGAUCUGGACUCCGCGCCCGGAUAGUACAGAUGGGUCCGGCAUGAUCAUCAUGAAUGGAAAUUCCCGCUCCGAAUUAUUUGUGAAUGAUGAUUCGGCAGAUGAGAGUAACUGGAAGAUGGUCGAUGUAGACCAGUGGUCGUCGUAUUCGCGAUCUUUGCGGGUCAUCAACGAUGCCGGUGUAAAUCGGUUGUUUAUUGGUAAUGGAGGCAACAUGGUAUCCGAUUCCUCGUGCAACUGGGUGGCCUGUGGUGUGGUUGAUCUUAAUGACUUGAUUGAUUAG